CGCGGGCUGAGCGGGGCUGCGGCUCCCGUGGCGGUGCCGGGCAGGGAUGGCUGCGAACCGGGUGGGCAGGCGGCUGGGACGGGGGUCCCCGGCGCGUUCUCCGGGGAGUCCCCGGGCGGAGCCGGCCCGCAGCCCCGGGAUCCAGAAGCGCCAGGCGCGGGUGACGGUGAAGUACGACCGGCGGGAGCUGCAGCGGCGGCUGGACACGGAGAAAUGGAUCGACGGGCGCCUGGAGGAGCUGUACCGGGGCCGGGAGGCAGAGAUGCCGGAUGAAGUGAACAUUGACGAACUCCUGGAGCUGGAUGCAGACGAGGCGCGGGCCGCGCAGCUGCAGGGCAUCCUGAAGUCAUGUCACAACAACACGCAGGCCUUCGUGCAGGAGCUGCUCCUCAAGCUGCGGGGGCUCCAGAAGCAGCAGGUCCUGCAGCGGCGGCCCAGCCCGGAGCUCCAGGAGCGAGUGUGACCCCUGCGGCCCUUGGCGGUGGCAGCUUCCCCCAGACGCGUGGGACCAGCGAGGCCCUGCAAAUCCAGCCUGGGGCCGGGGGUUGCUGCUGGAGCCUCCUGAGGCGACAGCUUGUGCCCCUGCACCUGGGGGUGGCACAGGCCUGGCUGUGCAGUGCCCAGCCCCCUGCCCCCCAGCAGCCCCCUGGACAGUAGCCCCCUGCCCCAGCGUAAAGCUCUGGCGAGCCGAGGGGUUGGGGCUCCGCGGGUGCCUCUGAGUCUGUAAUAAAGCCUUGCUAUGGAGCUGGCCUCGGUCUGCUCCCUGCCGCGGGCACCGGGCUCUGCUGGCCCUGCCUAGACACGCAGCCGGGCCCGGGGCUGGGCUGACCUGGCCAGGACUCGGGUGCUGAGAGCUGCUGUUCCUCUCUCUGGCUGCGGGAGGGAUCCCCAAGCCAGCAGGCCUGGGCUGCAGUGGGGGCAGCGCCCCACCCCUCUGGCUCAGGGCAGGGUGGGGAACCGCUCUUGCUGCACUAUGGCACCUUGUCUCUGGCCCUGUUGUCCUUGCCCUGCCCUGGGGGGGCUGCUCAAUGGCACUUGGCCUGGCAGGGGGCUGGGCUGGGCAGGGGGAAAUGCCCCUGCCGAGGGACCGGGCAGCUGCUGCAGCUCCCUGCACGGGGGCAGCGCCCGGUGGUGGUGGGAAGAGGGGCUCUGCCUGGGCUGGGUCUCCGGCUCGUGCCUCCCCGGGGAGGCGGCUGGGUCAUGCACUGGUACCGGGGUCACUGUGCAGCAACCUGCUGCUGUGCCUCGCCCAGACAGCUGCUUCCUCCUCCUCGCUUUACACCCAGCCUGGGCUGCGGAGCAGCCCUGCCCCCCGUGCCCUCUGGCUCAGCUGGGCUGGUGAGCGCUGCGCCUCGGCUCCAUAUUUAGCCAUGUGCCGGGCAUUCCCUGUGGUCCUAUCCAUCCUGCAGGCGGCUGGCUGGGGCGAGCGCUGGGCUCAUGCCAGCCCCUCCUGGGCGGGGCUGGAGCCGAGCUCCUGCAAGGAGCGGCCGUAGGAGAGUGCCAGCGCAGGGCUCCCUGACCGAGCCGGGGGCAGAUCUGAGCCGUUCGCCUCCCGCGUGGCU